AAAGCGGGGUACGGUAUGGUAGCCGAGGGGAAUACGCGGAAGUAUUUACGACAUCGCGAAACUCAUGUUCCAAAGUCUGAAAUAAACUAUACUGUGUGUGUGAGUGUGUGUGUUUGCAGCUUGGUUUCCCAAAAUCAAAAUGGCGUCUUCAAAAGUAAUGAAAGCCAUACGAGUGUCCGAGUUUGGAGCUCCUUCGGUUCUGAAGUUCUGCACUGACGUCCCGGUUCCUGCUCCAGGACCCAAACAGGUGCUCAUUCGCGUGCAUGUGUGUGGAGUGAAUCCAGUGGAGACGUAUAUCCGUUCUGGGACCUACGCACGCAAACCCAGCCUCCCCUACACUCCUGGAUCCGAUGUAGCCGGUGUGGUGGAGGCUGUGGGAGAUGGAAUUCGCUUCCUGAAGGCAGGUGAUCGAGUGUUUACCACCAGCACUGAGACAGGAGGAUACGCUGAAUACACCGUGGCUUCAGAGGAGUCUGUUCACAAACUGCCUGAUUCUCUAAAUUACAAACAGGGAGCUGCUGUCGCAAUCCCCUAUUUCACAGCGUACAGGGCCUUAUUUCACAAGGCGCAUGCUAAAGCAGGAGAGACUGUUCUGAUUCAUGGAGCCAGUGGAGGGGUCGGAAUUGCGGCGUGUCAGCUGGCCCGAGCGUUCGGAAUGAAGGUUCUGGGUACGGCUGGUACCCCUGACGGCAUGAAGCUGGUGCUCAGUAAUGGAGCUCACAUGGCCUUUAACCACAGAGAAAAGGACUACGUGGAUAAAAUCCAGGAUGCGACUGAAGGCCACGGUGUUAACGUGAUCAUCGAGAUGCUGUCGAACGUGAACCUGAGCAACGACCUGAAACUGCUGGCAGUCGGUGGCAGGGUGAUGAUUGUAGGAUGUCGAGGUUCUGUCGAGAUUAACCCCAGAGACACGAUGGCUAAAGAGUCCAGUAUCAUCGGUGUCUCUUUGUUCAAUGCCCCAAAGGAGGAGAAGGCAGAGACGGCCGCGGCGCUGUUCGCAGGAAUGGAGGCCGGGUGGCUCAAACCUGUGAUUGGUCCGGAGUACUCACUCGACAAAGCUGUUCAAGCCCAUGAGGACAUCAUCGACAGCUCCGGGGCUUCUGGGAAAAUGAUCCUGAUUAUGUGAAACCUACUAAACCCUGUCACUGAUCUAAGGGGUUUUGUUUUUGGUCAGAUUUGAAGCAGAAUCGCAAGUGUCCUGACUGAAGUCCUCUUUUCUGUGACAUUACUGUUGUAUUCCAUCAUCAGAAGUCAUCAUGGUAGUUGAUUUUAGCCAGCUGACCUAAUCCCAGCUAACAGGGAGCAUAUGUGAUUCGCUAGCUAGCGUUAAUUAUGUUAGUCAGCUCAGUCUCUGGGCAAUAUUUAAGCUUAAUUCUUGUUUUUGAGAAUUUGAGAAGCAAACAAAAAGGUCACAUGCAAAUCAUGCUAAAGAUUUUAAUGUACAAUGAUAUUUUCCUGAACGUGAUGCCUAGGUAAAGACAGAAUCAAUUUUUUUCUGGAAUAAAAAUUUUAAUCGUCAUUAAUCCUCAUUUAUCAUCAUGAAAUGCUUAUAUAAUUGAAGGCUGAUAGACUAAAUGAAUUCACACUGCUUUGUAAAAGUAUUUAUCUGCCAUUUAAAGUUUUCAAAGCAUUUCAGGAUUACAUCUUUUUCUUUCCUGUAGUUUUUUAUCCAUUAAUAUGUUUUACUGUACAGUUACACACUGUACACUACAUUUUGCCAAUUAUACAUUGUUUUGCAUAGAUAUUUUAAAGAAAACUGACACCUGAAGUAUGAUGUUUAAAAAUGUUUAACAUUUACUGUGAAUUUGCUCUUACAAAAAUUGGAACUAUGCAAAAAAAUGAACUUGAAUGAUAUCUACAUAGUGUUUUGUAGACCAUGACCGUUAAUCCCUCAGUAUAUUUAGAAGAAAAAUAUAAUAAAUAAAAUCUGUCGUUCAUUUUUAAUAGGACGUAAUGAUAUUAUCGAACAUUGUAAUGAGAUGAAAAUUUAAUAUCAGGACACGCUUCAUUGAAAUAAUUUGUAAUUAGGUUUCCACAAGCAUGUUAUAAAUUCUGUACUGAAAUAAAAUCGAUUGAUAAAGUAA